AUGCUAUUGAUAAAGGCAGACAACGCAUCUGUGCUUCCUAAUUUCAGUAUGGAGCAACAAGAAUUCAUGAGUGAAAAUCCAUUGAAAGCUGAGAAUUUAACCAAAGAAGAACACAGUUCUAUUCUGGCAGGUUAUCUUGAAGGUAAGAAACACAAGAAAAUCAGAGAAAGUGUUUUUUAUGGGAACACAUCAACCUUAUUUGCUAACGACAAAUGGCUGGAUGUAAAUGCUUGUAAUCACAAUCCUGAAGAUCAGGAAGAGGCCAGCAAACGUUGCAAUCUUCUUCAGUGUCAGGUUAAACCAGAUCAAUGCUACUGUCUCAAUUUGAUUGUGAUCAACAAGAAUGUGCCUCCCAUUUAUGUCAUCAUUGAAAUUGUAACAUACCCUGCAUUGGAAAAAGCCACAAUGCAAAAAGACAGUUACGAAUUCAAUUUGGUCUCUACUUGUGAAAUAAUUCGAUUGAACCUGAAUGGAAAGAAUGUAGAGAAAUCAGAAUUUGAAACUAAAACAGGUAGAAAACCGUCAACUAUUUCCAAAUCCAUUGAAUUCAACAGCAAUUUGGACAUUCAUCAACAGAAUGAAAUCGAACAAGAUGACGUAUUCAACAAUCCCAUUGAACUCGAAGCACAUGAAGCUGCCCUGUGCAUCAUAGUCUUCAAAUUGGCACUGAUUCCCACAUUCUUAAUGUACUUGGCUGUAUUUCUACUGAAAUAUAUCGGUCUAGUAUCCGAUCAAACAGUUUACUACGCCCAAGUAGUUCUGUUAUUUGCAGUGGUGAUUCUAAUUGGAAUGAUAUGUGGCCUGUGUAUUGAUACUGUCAAUCUCUAG